AUCCCUUUCCAAAUGUGCUUUAUAUUCAGCAUAAAAAGGAUCAUGCGAUUGCGGCAUGGGUUUUAAUAUAGGAGUUGCUGUGGCCUAAAUCACAAUGACAAGAAGAGGCUUGAAAACGAAUUGCUAGCGAAUGGCCCUCAAUCUUUGGCAUUGUGAAAAUGGAUAAUCAACAGUAAGCAGAAUAGAAAAUAAACUCAAGAACUUCAGGUUUCCUCUGUUUCCUUUUUUCUUCCCUUGAACUGAAGCACUGAAGCAGCCAUCUCUCAGUCAGCCACAAGCCAGGAGCGUGACCAAGCCCAAUCCCACGGUAUCGUAAUGGCAGACAGCAGACAUCCAGAGGAAAGCACGCCACAGUGGGCAGCGCCAGGGACUCGCAGCGAAGCCUCUGUCCACCCCCACACCCCUCCCGAGUACAAGGAGCAGCCACCCGCAGCAGCCCCCAGCGAGAACGGCUACUCCUCCUACAGGGACUGCCCGGCAGGGGGGGCGCCAGCUGCAGCCUCCUACCCUGCCACCAAAGAGAACGGCUUCAAUGGAGACCUGGCGUCAGGGGGCACAGUCACAGCAGAGCAAGUGUCAGCAAGAAUAGUUCAAGAGGUGACAGCUGAAGCAGUCGCGGUCCUGAAGGGAGAGCAAGACACAGAGUUGCAGCACAAGGACACAGUGAAAAGGCUGCCCUCAGUUGAAGACUCCAAUCUACCACCCUCCCCUCCCCCAUCUCCUGCCUCAGGACAGAUCGGACCUCUGGAGCAAGUUGUAGGGGAUAAGGAGAAGGCUGGCCCUCUCCGAAGGUUCCAAAAUUCUCGGGAGAGGUGCAAGUUCCUAGCCCCCUCCAUCUCGGUUUCUGUGCCUGACGAUGAUCCCCACCACUCAGAUGACGAGUACUAUGAUCACCCCUUAUUCAGCUCCGAGUGGACUCACUCUUGCACACUCCCCAGUGGGGAAGAUGCCUUGUUUAGUCUGAUUGAAGUAGAAGAAACUGUAGAGAGUCCUUCGGCUGCCGACGAGGAAAAACAAUCAGCCGCAGCAGCUGAGCAUGGGCCCGAUGCUAUUGAGCACUUAGAGCAGGCAAAGCUAAAAAGCGAGGCCCAGGCUCAGCCCUGUUCACAGGCCGAGGCUAAGGCAGCUAGUGAAGCUCACGUGCAGGCAGCGGCACCCAACGGGAGAGGCGACGAGGCAGGGGAGGGGAAAACCCCUCAGGAAGCCCUGAAGAUGGACACAAACAGCCAAGGGGGGGCAGUCAGCGGUCAAGCCCCUACCCUCGGCUCGGACCUCAAGGAAGCUGAGGGGUCAGAGGAGAAAUCUAAUGUGCAGCGUAAAAAUGAAGCCCAGACAGCUUCACUUUCAGAGGAGGACAACAAGGAAGACCAUGCUCCAGCUCCUCAGUCCAAGGAUUCAGAAACCCUCCCUUUGAAAGGUAUAGAGACACCUGCUGUGACUGAGCCACCCAAAGCUGAAUCAGGUCCAUUGGGGGCCACUGCUUCUCCAGCAGAAGGAAAAAUCAUUUCUGAAGAUGACACAAAACCAUUGUCUAAAGAAUUAGAUAAACACACUGACAUUAUAGAAGAUUCUAGUGAGAUUCCAACAAAUACUGCAGAGAAUUCAGAUAAAACGUAUCUAGAGGACCAGAAAGUAAACCUCACUGAUGUUUCCCAAACCAAAGACACCCCAGCUGACAAACUUCCAGGAGACGUGGAUGUACCAAGCAGUCCAAAACCACAGGCUGCAGAUAGCCAGACUACAAAAGACAAGCUUCAAGAGUUGAUCCCUGAGCCACUGAUUAGUUUGAUAAAGUCUGGUACGGGCAGUUUAGACAAAGCAGAAAUUACCAAACAAGACAUAGAUGUCAAACCAGAUGCAUUACAGGCUGUAGACCUUAGUGUGAAAAAGGAAGCGGUCAUUAUCUCACAAGAGGCAGCUUCUAGUAAAGAAGAACAUUCUUCUGUUAAAACACAAGAGAAGAAAGAGGACAGGGAAGAGGUUAAGUCAAAAACUGCAGUAGAAAGUGAAAGCAAACCGGUUUUGUAUCCAAAGGAAGAACCAGAGAAACAGGGAGUCUCUAGUAUCAAACCCUCUGAACCUUGUGAAGACAAGAAGGAUAAAGAUGUCAAACAGCCCCAAACUUCUUUUGGAGGUGCACCAGAGAGCAAAUUAAAGGAGGAAGCCCACACUGAAGUUUUACCAACAGACCAGAUAGGGAAAGGGGUUAAAGCAAAGCAGGAGCCUGCAGAGAAAGAAGAAACCCAAGCAACCAUCCAGGAGAAGGAGAUAACUGAGGCUAAGAGUCAACCAGCCUUGCAUGACAAAAUUGAACCUUCCAGUGCUUUGGAUCUACAUUUAAAAAGCGCAGAAAAGGAUAAAUCAGGAAUGUCAGCCUAUUUUGAGACAUCUGCCUUGAAAGAGGAAGAGGCAAAGGCUGAUGCACAGCAAGGGGAAGGCUAUUACGAGUUGAGCAAUGCAAGAGAGAAAGCCUCUGAAUAUUUUCAGGGUGUGAUUGAUGAAUCUGAUGCAAGUGGAUUGAUGGAGACGUUCCAAAUUGCUGGUGAUACUGCCUCAGUCCAGGAGAUAAGCUAUAGCACACUGGCCCAAACUCAAGACGUGAAACCAGCAGUGGACAAACCAGACAUCCUGAAAAGCCCUGUGGAGGACGAGUUGAAAACCUUGCCAAUGCUGGAGAAGAAGAAGGAUGAAGGUCGUUUGAGUGUAGGCAGGUUGUCGUUGGAACAGAGAAGCUACUCACUGAACAUACCCAUGGCUUCCUUGGAAUCACCAAGGACCUUUUCACCUCUGGCUUCAGAUAUUCUAUCCUUUACCAGUGGUAGUCUAGAUGAGCCAACAGACAACCUACCAGUUACCACACCUGCUGUAGAGAAGAAGCCAGUUUUCCCUCCUGUAAUUCUGGAAACCACAGAUGCAGACUCCCCUUCAUUCCUACCCACUGGUGAAAGAAAACCGCCCUUAGAGUCCCAGUUCCAAAUGAAGGAUUAUUACAAAAAUGGCAGUGUGAUGGCACCCGAUUUGCCAGAGAUGCUAGAUUUGGCAGGAGCCAGAUCCAGACUGACUUCUGAGAGCACAGAUACUGAGCUGAUUAGAAGAAAGUCGGUCCCUGCUGAUAUCCCAGCCCUGAUGGGAGACACCUUGGCUCAGCUUUCUAUAGUGGACAUGAGUCAGAAGGCAGCUAGAAGUGAGAGCCAAGAAGAGAUUGGCUACUGUGUUUUCAAUUACACUGGUCCUAUGCCCUCACCUGCUGAUUUGCACAGCCCACUGGGCUCACCUCUCCAAAUCUUCACAACGCCAGUUUUAGAGGAGUACAAGGAAGAAGUUAUGAAAGCAACUGAGUCUGUGGAUACUCAGGCAGAGCCUGUUGAGAAGGAAGUUCUCAUGGAAGAACCCAAAGCAGAAGAAACUAGAAAGGAAGAAACAACAGAGGACAAAGAAGUGAAAAAAGAUUAUACUAAAGUAGAAUCAUUUGAUCAACAUGACAACUCCUCUGAAAUCAAGGAAAGUAUAACCACGGAAGGGGUUAGUAAAGAAAGCAGUAAAGCAGAGACAGAUACACAGGCUGGUGUUUCAGGGAAUGAAGACAAAAAGGAAAGCGAACUAGCUCUCCCAGCUAAGCCUAAAGUAGUUCCUGAUGUCAAAAGGCAGACUGUUCCUGAGGUUGAAGAGCAAGAGAUUCCAAGUGAACACAAAGCCUCAGAGUCCUUGAAAACUGACCAGCAAGAGGAGGUUAAGAAAGGUACUGAUGAAGUGCAGCCAGACAAGACAAGUCAAGAGGCCAUCCCUGAGCCUCAACCCAAAGCUAAACCUUUAGAGGAGGUCUCCCCUGAUGGUAUGAAGCCUGAACAUUCAGCAGAGGAAAAGACAGAUGUGAAGGCUGAUUUGAAAAAAGAACUAAAAGCAGAGGGUGAUUCUGAAAAAGAACUUCAACCAGAUUCUGCUUCUGAAAAAGAACCAAAAUCAGACACAGAUUCAGAAAAAGAACCACAGCUCGAGGGUACACCUCUGAGUUCAGUUGAAGGGCGAGAACUGUUAGAAACAAAAGAUAAAAUGAAAGACAAGCCAGACUUGGUGCACCAGGAGGCCUAUGAAGAAGUGGAUGCAGAGGACGCCUAUCAGCUCAUGGGUGUCCUCGGCUCCAGUGAGGAAGGAGGUGCGAAGCCUAAACCUGUGAAGCAGGUACCAUCUGUAGAGGUAACAAUAGAGGUGCAUGAAGCUGCAGAGUCAAAGCAGACAGUUGAGGAAAUGCCCCCAACAGCUAAGAUAGCUGAGGAAGAAAGGCCAAAGGAAGAGAGACCAGAUGAAGAGAGGCCAGAGGAAGCUCCUCUGGAGCCUAUGCUGGCUGUUGAACCUGAGAGGCCAGAUGAAGAGAGGCCAGAGAAAGCUCCUCUUGAGCCUGUGCUGGCUGUUGAACCUGAGAGGCCAGAUAAAGAGAGGCCUGAGGAAGCUCCUCUUGAGCCUGUUGUGCUGGCUGUUGAACCUGAGAGGCCAGAUAAAGAGAGGCCUGAGGAAGCUCCUCUUGAGCCUGUGCUGGCUGUUGAACCUGCUCCAGUGACUUUGGAAGCUCAGGCCCUGGAAGCUGUGGAACAGAAAGAAGAAGAAGAAGGUGUUAUAGAAGAUAUUGUAGAAGUGGGUGAAGAACCAAAAGAGGUUCUGGAGGAAAUCAAAGAAAUCGCCCCUGUAAUGCAGGAAUCUACAGAGGAUGUGGAUGCUGAUCAAGCCCUUGAAACCAAGGUGGCUAUAGAAUCGGUUGUCACCGUGGAAGAUGAUUUCAUUACAGUGGUCCAAACUAUUGAGGAGGGUGAUGACUCCUGCCAUAGUGUGAGAUUCUCAGACCCAGCUGAGGGAGAGGUCUUGCAGGAUGCCACUGAAGAUGAAGAUGGGCAAGCUGAGGUGGCUGAAGAAGAAGAGAUUCAGGCUGCAAGUCUGGAGGAGCUUCCUGUAGCUCCCUCCUCUCCAGAGAAGGAAGUCCCUGUAUCCGGAUAUAGAACAGAGACUUAUGAUGAGUACAAGGAUGAAACAACCAUCGAUGACUCCAUCUUGGAUACGGACAGCGCUUGGCAGGAUGCUCAAGAUGAUGACAGGAGCAUCAUGACCGAAAAGAUCGAACCUCUCCCCAAAACUGAGAGCCCUAAAAUUAGAAGGCCCUCUGUGGAAAAACACGCGAAGGACAAGGCACUGAGCAGGGGGAAAGGCAGAGUGUCCACCCCUGAAAGGAAAGCGGCCAAAAAGGAGCCCAGUAUGGUCCCGAGGGAUGACAUGAAGAAGAAAAAAGCAAUGUUUAAGAAGGCUGAACUUACUAAAAAAUCUGACAUUCAGACAUGGUCUCCUUCCCGGAAAAUCCCAUUAAAACCAGCGGUCAGGUACCCUAGACCAGCUCACCAUCAUUCCUCUACUAAACGGAAACCGACAGCAAUGGUCGCAGCUGUCGAAGGCAGGCAGCCCCUCAGUACUGCAAGACAAUCCAGGGAGAAGAUCGCUAACUCAUCCUCCUCUGCUCAAACAAAGAUCCCUACCACAAAAGAGCGAGCAGCAGCAGCUUUCUUUCCUCCGAGAUCCAGCUCAGCUUGCUCGUUCACAGAGAACAAUGCUUGCCUUAAGUCAGAGCUUUACUCAGUCCGGCCCUCUUCUGCAGGGUCCAGGGACUACAAUAUAAAUGAUACAGUACAGGAUGGCAUCACACAGAGCCCUGAGAAGCGCUCUUCCCUGCCCAGACCCUCCUCCAUCCUGACCUCGCGCCGAGCCGGUGCUGCCGAUCGCGAGGAGAGCUCCACCUCCAUCACCAGCUCUGGCUCCACUGCACCGAGACGCCCAACAUCGAUUCGAUCUGAAGGACGAGCUGAGCAGAGGGCUAGUCGAAGCGGAGUGGCAGGGACUGAUCAUGCUCGCUCCAGAUCGGCACGGAGUGGAACCUGCACUCCAAUCACCCCGGGCUCUACAGCGAUCACACCCUGCACCCCACCCAGCUACUCCUGCCGCACCCCUGGGACCCCAGGCACCCCCAGCUACCCCAGGACCCCCCGCACACCUGGCACCCCCAGAUCCAUGAGCCUGGCACGCCAGGAGAAGAAGGUGGCCAUCAUCCGCACCCCACCCAAGUCGCCCGCGACCCCAAAACAGCUGCGCCCUCUGAACCAGCCCCUGCCUGACCUCAAGAACGUCAAGUCUAAGAUCGGCUCCACAGAUAACAUCAAGUACCAGCCGAAGGGGGGGCAGAUUCAGGUUUUAAGCAGGAAGUUGGACUUCAGCCACAUUCAGUCAAAGUGUGGAUCGAAGGAUAACCUGAAGCAUUCUCCAGGAGGAGGCAAUGUUCUCAUACCAAGUGUAAAAGUUGAUUUUAGCCACGUUCAGGCUAAAUGCGGCUCCCUGGAGAAAAGACAAUAUUCCCCUACAGUUGGAAAUAUACAAAUUCAGAGCAAGAAGAUUGAUCUGAGUCAUGUGACUUCAAAGUGUGGAUCUCUCAGCAACAUCCGCUACAGACCAGGUGGUGGAAAUAUUAGGAUUGAAAGUGUGAAAUUGGAUUUCAAAGACAAGGCUCACGCAAAGGUGGGCUCUCUGGACAACGCCCGCCACACACCUGGAGGGGGUCAAAUACAGAUCGAAAGCCACAAGCUGUCCUUCAGGGAGUCAGCGCGGGCCCGAGUGGACCAUGGAGCGGAGAUUGUGACUCAGUCCCCAGGUAUAUCGGGGUCCACCUCCCCUCACCACCUCAGCAACGUCUCCUCCUCGGGCAGCAUCAACCUGCUGGAGUCCCCACAGCUCGCCACCCUCGCCGAGGACGUGACGGCUGCGCUGGCCAAGCAGGGCUUGUGAGCACCUCCCUGUGUCCACUCUGUCUGCCCAGUAGUGCAGCGUAUUCAUGAUUUCAAACAACAGCAAGCUAUCUACAUCAUUCCUUCAUGGCACAGCAUGACAGUUACUGGGACCCUGCUAAGCAUGGUUCCCGAUUAUUACUCAAAAGAUUAUUAAAAAAUAAGCGAUCACCACUUGUGACUGUGUCCUAGAAAAACAAAAAAAAUGAUCUUCUUUUUUUUUUUUCCGUUCGUGUCAGACAGACAAAGCACUCCUGACUUUUUUUGUUUUGUUUUAAAUGGGUACAAAGUGAUGCUACCAUCCCACAUGGUAAACGUUGUUGCUCAUAUUGCAUUGACUUACAAACAUGCAUCUUACAACUGCAAUAGGGCAGUUCACUCUAGUCCAGGGAAUAUUGAUAUACAUAUACAUACGAGGCUACUUGUCGGCAACAUUUCUGCAUACAAUUUUAAAAAGGGAGAACCUCAAUUAUAACUUAUUAUUGCAAGAAUUAAAUGGUAUGAUGAGCAUGUAUGAACUCUAGUGCAAAAAAAGAGGUUAUUUUCUAUUAAAAAACAUUUAGUAAGUUAUUUACUGAUUUAUUGGAUAUGGGAAAAUACUUCAUGUUUUGUAGAUAUUAGUGAUUAUGAUACACAAAAACUGUGCUCUUCUUGUGCUCUCAAGAUGUCCAUGUUUUAAUUGUAUCUCACAGAAAAAAUGGUGGAUGAAAAUGUACAGCAGUGCUGUAUUAUAAUUCUCCAAGGCCCUUUACACCUGUGUCAGAGUGUUGUUAUAAUUAAUAAUUGCAAUGCUUCAUGAGCUUAAUAGAAAUCUUCUAGAAUUAAAACCCUCUAAAUACCAAACAUGUAUUUAAUAAACCAGUAUGAGGCAAUGCACAGCUUCUCACAAUAUCAGCGUGCUGGUUUUGGGGAAAGGUAUCUCCAGUAUUAAAAACUCCAGUAUUAAUAUCUAUAAUGGGAGCUCUGGUGUAACAUUAACAUUAGGUUGCAGCAGCACCAUUAUAAUAACAUCCCCGAGCCUCUUUUGAGUAUUACACUAUUUUAAAACUGAGCUUCAGUGUUCAGGAAAACAAAACUUACCUGUGUGUGUGUGUGUGUGUGUG